UUCACGGUCACUCUCCAGGAUCUUCUUGAGUAACAGUGUUUGACUGGAACCACGGACUGUGAACUCUCCAAGGAUGAGAGUCUGCACUAAGUGGGUGCUGCUGUCUCACUGGCUGAUUCUGGCCUACAUGUUAACGGUCUGCUGUAAGCUGAUGUCCGCCUCGAGCCAGCACCUCCGGGGACAUGCAGGUCACCAUGUGAUCAAGCAAGGUACGUGUGAGGUGGUCGCUGUGCACCGUUGCUGCAAUAAGAACCGCAUAGAGGAGCGCUCUCAGACGGUCAAGUGUUCCUGCUUCCCAGGUCAGGUGGCUGGCACAACUCGGGCACAGCCUUCUUGUGUUGAAGCUUCCAUUGUGAUUGAGAAGUGGUGGUGCCACAUGGAUCCUUGCUUGGAAGGAGAGGACUGUAAAGUGCUUCCGGACUCCUCUGGUUGGUCCUGUAGCAGUGGCAAUAAAGUCAAAACCACAAAGCUCUCAUUCUACCCACGUCACAUCCAGAUGACAAUUGGCCUCUUUCCAGUAGAGACGCCAUACAAUGUCUGCAACAGUAUUUGUGAGACGUCAUUCCUCUAA